UUCGUUCUUUUCCUGACAAAGAGAAAUGUGGGGUCAGUUUUGGUUCGACGGUUGGUGUGAAUAGUUAAAAGCGUUCCGGGGAUUGUGGUUCAAUGUCACACGAUUUGAUCUGAUUUUGUCAAUGCAGCUGACAAUAUAGUAAAAAUGCAAAUCGCUAGAAGAAUUCCGCAAACAAACUACCAGCUCUAUGUUGGUGUCGUUAUCGGUUUGUUAUGUUCGUUGUCUCUAAAUGAAAUAUUUCGUAGCUCGAUAAUAACUUGGAAGAAUUCAGAAACCGGAAAAGUGACAAAAUUUACGUCUGAAGGAAAUACUGUUUCGACAAUACCAGCCAAGAAUAGUUCACUUCAUGAAAACAUUAGAGUCCUUUGUUGGGUCCUGACAUACCCUAAAAAUCAUCGAACUCAAGCUAUUCACGUGAAACGUACGUGGGGAAAGCGAUGUGACAAACUGCUGUUUAUUUCAUCGCAAGAAGAUAGUGUAAUUGACGCAGUUGUUGUACCUGGUGCUGGAGAUGGUCGUGAUUGGUUGUGGGGGAAAACGAAAGGCGCUUUGAAGUACGCAUGGGAACACCACAAAGAAGAAUUUGAUUGGAUUAUGAAAGCAGACGACGACACUUAUGUGGUUGUGGACAAUCUGAAAAAGUUUCUCAGCAAUUAUUCGAACAAGGAUCCCAUUUUCUUCGGUUGUCAGUUUAGUUCUAAAGAGAUUCCUUUCUGGACGAGUGGUGGGGCUGGGUAUGUACUCAGUAAAGAAGCUUUGAGAAGGUUUGUUCUGGACGGACUACCACACUCUGAAAAUUGUCGAGAGGGUCAUGCCGGUUCUGAGGACGCAGAGUUAGCAAAUUGCUUGCGCCGUGUAGGAGUUACGCUAGAAGACUCCCGAGACUCUUCUGGAAGACACAGAUUCUUAGCCUUUACACCAGUUGAUCAUCUAUUUCCAAGAAUUUUGACUGACGACGACAACAAGUACUGGUAUCGGAAUGAUUUGACCUAUCCUCAAGUGCAGGGAAUGGAUUGCUGUGCUAAUGAUGCGAUAAGCUUCCAUUACAUAAGCGAUAGACAGAUGUACGUGCUCGAAUACUUUCUAUACCACAUUCGACCUGCAGGCGUUGAUCGAGAGCAGGAGUACGUUCAAGAAUUACCUUUGCAAUAUGAAGAAGUGACUUCAACUACGACAAAGCCUAAGUGAUCCUCAAAUAUAGGAAAUAAAGAUUUGCACAAAAAUG